AUGAAUAAGAAAAGUGCGAUAGAUGAGAAAAGUUCAAAGAAAAGACAUAGGUUUCCUCUAGAAGACAAUAAAGAAUUUGUUUCAGAAGCCAAAGACACCAGAAUGCAAGCAGCAACAACCAUUACUACAACAACAGAUACCUCUAACUCUCAAAUUUCAACAUAUGGGAUUACUUUGUUAAAGGAACUGAAAAAAACAACGGACACUAUGAGGCAACUUGUAGUUAUUGUGGAAAAAUAUAGGCAUGAAGAAAACCAACGCAAUUAG